CCAGCCAAGGGCGCGGGGCGGACCGCGGAGAGAACGAGCGGGGGCCAGCCGGGGGCAAGGGGGAGGCAAGCGGGCCCCACGGCCGCCCCAAGGAGGCAGGGGACCGCGGGGAGGGGAAAGGCCCCGCACGGAGCGGAACCCAGGAAGGCACCCAGGCAGGGCGGACACAGGCCGGCAGCCGGCGGCGGCAGGAGCAAGACCGCGAGAAGCGAGGAAGGGCGGGCCAAGGCGCAGAAAGGACAGGGGAGAGGCAGGGGCGGCCGCGGGAAGGGCGGGCCGCGGAGCAGACCGGGAGGCGCCCCGGGAAGGAGCGAACCAGGGGCGGCCAAAGACAGGCGGGCAAACACACACGGGGGGCGGCCGCGGCGGCCCGGAAGGACGAGCACGGGCCCCGCAGCCGGGAACGCGGCAGCCCAGCCGGCGGGAAAAGCGCGGCGGGGAGGGCAGGGGCAGGGACAAGGGGCCCGGGAGCCCGGGGCCGGAGGGAGGGCCCCAGGCGCGCGGGGAAAGGCAGAGGCACAGCCACAGGCGGGGCGACCCCGGGGGCCCGGGAGGAGAGCGCGAGGGAGCCGAGGGCGGGCAGGAAAAGGCGGGGCGCCGAGGGGGACACACCCGGGGGGGGAACCGGCAGAGCGGACCGAGGGGCCACAGGGCGCCCGGCCGCGCGGGGGGACCCGGAAGGGUGGGCCCAGCAACAGCCGGAACAGCCAGCCGAGGGCGCGGGGCGGCCGGCGGAGAGAGCGAGCGGGGCGGCGCGCGGGGGCAGGGCGGAAGCCAGGGGGAGCCCCACCGCGGGGGCCGGGGGGAUGGGAGGGACCGGGGCGAGGGGACCCCAGCAGGGCACCCGACCCCCGCAGACACACGCCCGCAGCCGCCGGCCCCAGGGGCAGGACGGGGCGGACCGAGGAAUGGGGGCCAAGGCGCAGAAAAGGCAGGGAGACACACGGCCCGGACGCGGGAACGGAGGCCGGGGAGCAGGCCGGGAGGGCGGACGGCGGAGACGCCCAAACACGGGGCCAAGAGACAGGGGGGAAAACACACGCGCGGGGGCGCCGGGCCGGCCGCCAAGGAAGAGAGCGGGCCAGGCGCCGCCGGGCGGAGCAGACAAGGCGGAAAGGGCGGGCGGCGAGGGCAGGUCGCAGCAGCAAGGGCCCCGGAGGCCCGGCACCCAGGGAGGCGAGCCGACCCGCCCAGGGGAAGGCAAAAGCAACCGCCAAACAGCGGGGCGCGCAGGGGGCCGCGGCAGGAGGGAGCGAGGAGCCCAGGGCGGGCGGGAACGGGCGGGAGCCGGCGGGGAAAGCAGCCGGGGAGCCCACCGGGAGACCAGGCGGAGGGGCGAAAAGGCGCAGGGCCGGCCGGGGAGCCCGGAACGCAGGACAGCCGAGCAACGGCGGGAAAAGCCAGCCGGGGCGGGGCGGCCCGCGGACAGAGCGAGGGGCGCCCCAGGGGGGAGGGCAGAAGCAAGGGGGGGCCGGCAACGCCGGGCCGGGGGGCCAGGGGAGGGCAAGGGGCCCGCGACCAGGGGACCCCAGCAGGACACCGGGCCCCGCAGACACACGCCCGCAGCCGGCGGCCCCAGGGGCAGGACGGCGCGCACCGAGGAAGGGGGGGCAAGGCCAGGAAACGGCAGGGAGACACAAGGCCCGGAGGCGGGCAGGGAGGCGGGGGGAACAGGCCGGCAGGGCGGCGGGCGAACAAGCCAAACACGGGCGGCAAGAGACAGGCCGGAAAACACACGCGGGGCGGCCGGGCCGGCGCCAAGGAAGAGAGGGGCGCAGCCGCCGGGGGCGGAGAGGCACACAGGCGGAAAAGCACGGGCGGGGAGAGGCGGGGCAGGGGCCAGGGCCCCGGAGGCCCGGGGCGCAGGGAGGGCGCCCGCCCGCCCAGGGAAAGGCAAAGGAAGCGCCAAACGGCGGGCAAGCAGGGGCGGAGAGAGGCAGGGCCAAGGCAGUGGCGAAGAAGGGCAAGGGGCCCCAAGGAGAGAGGGGGCGAGAAGGCGCAAGGAGGAAGAAAGGACAAACGGGGGGCCCGCGACAGGCCGGAGGAGAGAAACAAGAAGGCAGCCGGCGGAGGACGGCGCGGGAAAAAACCGGCGGGCGAAGCCGGGGAGCGGAAAAGGGCAAAGGAGGGGAGGAGGGCGAGGGAGGCGGGACAACCGCCAGACAGGCGGGGGCGGGCAGAACGAUGGGGAGAGGAGAGAACGCCAGGACCAACACGAGCAAGGGGGGACGCGGGCGGCCCCGCGGCGGAGGCGCGAGGCAGAAGCGGGCGCGAGCGCCGGGAGACGGGAAGAAAACGGGAGGACACAAAAGCGCGGAGCAAGCAAGCCGCGGCGCGGGCCCGGGAGGAAGGCGGCGCCGCCAGGAGGCCAAGAAGCCCAGCAGCGGGGCGGGGGGCAGCAACAAGAGGGCAGGGCCGCGGCAGGAGAGAGCGAGGAGCGGAGGGCGGCGGGAACAGGCGGGAGCCGGGGGGAAAAAGAGCCGGGGCACACAGCGGGAGACGGGGCCGAGAGGCCAAAAGGCGCAGGGCGGGCCCGGGGAGCCCGAACGGGGGGGGACGGAGCAACGGCGGGAAAAGCCAGCCCAGGGCGGGGGCCGCCGGCGGACAGAGCGAGCGGGGGGCCCGGCGGGGGAGGGCGCAACCGAAGGGCCGGGCCAGAGCGACGCGCCGGGGGCCCAGGGGAGGGGCAAGGGGCCCGCGACGAGGGGACCCGAGCAGGGCACGCAGCCCGCGCAGACACACGCCCGAGGCGGCGGGCGCAGGGGAAGCACGGCGCCAACCGAGGAAAGGGGGCGGCAAG